GUAUUAGAUGUAGUUACUGAACGCUUUGGGCCAACUUUGUGAGUUUGUUUCUCAGCGACAAUGAUCGAGAAUCACUCAGAGGAGUUAGCAGCUUAGCCUUCAGCGCUAACACACUGAUCCAGAGCAUCAGCCAGGCUAGCGUCGCUAACUGUGGGUACGGCAGCUUUAUAGGUGUUUAUGUAACUGUCUUUCUGUUCCUGCGUGAACACUUCGAAACAAAAUAAGCCUAUCUGGAUUCAGAGAUAACUCCACCGCCAGAGAUCAACUGCAACUGGCAAGGAUGGAGUACAUGCAGGCUCCUGCCUCCAGCAGCCAAGGGAACAUCCUGUGCUGCACCUGUGGUGUCCCCAUUCCUCCCAACCCAGCCAACAUGUGUGUAGCCUGCCUGCGUACUCAGGUAGACAUCUCAGAGGGAAUCCCCAAGCAAGUCACUGUGCACUUCUGCAAGCAGUGUGAACGGUAUUUGCAGCCUCCAGCGACCUGGGUACAGUGUGCUCUGGAGUCCAGGGAACUACUUGCUCUUUGCUUGAAAAAACUAAAGGGCUCUAUGUCUAAAGUGCGACUUAUUGAUGCUGGUUUCCUGUGGACAGAGCCACACUCCAAAAGGAUUAAGAUGAAACUGACCAUCCAGAAAGAGGUGAUGAAUGGCGCCAUCCUACAACAGGUGUUUGUGGUCGAGUUUGUCAUCCAGUCCCAGAUGUGUGACGACUGCCACCGUGUGGAGGCCAAAGACUUCUGGAAGGCCGUCGUUCAAGUUCGGCAGAAGACUGUACACAAAAAGACUUUCUACUAUUUGGAACAGCUGAUCCUGAAGCAUAAACUCCACCAAAAUAGCCUCAACAUCAAAGAAAUCCAUGAUGGCAUUGAUUUCUACUACGGCUCGAAGCAGCACGCUCAGAAGAUGGUCGACUUCUUGCAGUGCACCGUGCCCUGCAGGUCAAAGGCAUCUCAGCGCCUCAUCUCUCAUGACAUCCACUCAAACACAUACAACUACAAGAGCACGUUCUCUGUGGAGAUUGUACCGGUCUGCAAGGACAAUGUUGUUUGCCUUUCACCGCGGCUGGCUCAGAGCCUGGGGAACAUGGGUCAAGUCUGUGUGUGCAUCCGUGUCACCAGCACCAUCCAUCUGAUCGACCCUCGCACCCUGCAGAUUGCUGAGGUGGACGGGAACACAUACUGGCGUAACCCCUUCAGCAGUCUCUUCAACCCAAGUCAGCUGGAGGAGUUCAUCGUCAUGGACACCGACAUCAUCAGAGACCAGAAGCUGGGCGCUGGAGCUGGCGUGAGGUCCAACAAGCACACCCUGGCUGAGGUGUGGGUUCAGAAAACAUCAGAGAUGGAUACCAGUCAGCAGUAUCACUGCCGCACAUUCCUGGGCCACCUCCUCAAUAUUGGAGACCUGGUGCUGGGAUUUGACUUUGCCAAUUCCAACAUCAAUGAUGAGUACCUGAAUAAGAUGAACCCUCACCAUGUUCCUGAUGUGGUGCUGAUCAAGAAGAGUUACGACCGCAGCAGGAGGGUGAAGCGCAGAAACUGGAAACUGCAGGAGAUAGCCAGAGACCGUGAAGGCAUGGACACAGAUGAUGAGAGACAAUACCAGGACUUCCUGGAGGACCUCGAGGAAGAUGAGGCACUGAGGAAGAAUGUUAAUAUCUACAGAGAUGUAUCAAAGAUCCCAGUGGAGAGCGACACUGAUGAUGAUGGAGCACCACGUAUCUCCCUGGCAGAGAUGCUGGAGGAGCUCAGUCUAACAGAUGCCACAGGAGGAGAGGGUGCCGACAUGAUGACAGACUGACCAGUCACCGUUCUGCCUUUGUGGCACUGACAGCUGAUUUAUCAAAUAUUGGCCUGCUUAUGAUACAAUAAUGCAGUUACACACCAUGGAUUCAUAACUGUUGGCAAAUUGAGGACUGAUUCAAACACUGAAAGAUGAUAUGUUGAAUCAGACCGAUCCGGUGGUGUAAUGACUUGACACAGUUAAAACCUACAAGCUGAAAGUCAUAAUGGUCCUUAGUCAUAAAUAUUUUUCCUGCUGAGAAACUUUCAGUUGAAUCAUUUGAGCAUUUACUACCACAUUGUCUGAGUGCAUAUCAAAUGACAUGAAAAUGAAGUGCUCACAGUUCCUUUAUUGAAAUAAAUCGUCAUCCGCA